GUUUUACUGGGUGACCUUCAUUUGUCUCCACGCUCGUGUGAAUUAUUCUGAUAGUUUGGUAGCGGGUGGCGUGACGUUGAUAAGGUCACUGCCAGGUCAAAGUCUAAGGUGUAGCUUACCGGUUUAAUCACUGGAUUGGAUUCUGACAGGCGGCUACAGCUACUGCACCUUAAAAGAUAUAGAAUCUUGACAAAUCUCAUGAAAAAUGGCAUCUAACGAAACUCCAAAUCUCAUCGAUAAAGAAGACGACUCUUGCGAGGUGCCCGAUAUGGAUUUAGAUUUUCACAUCCAGUUCCCAACUCCAGGAUAUGCCGGAAGUAAUAGCACUGAAGAGGAGAAUGGGAAUACGACAGACAAGAAGGCCAUUGAAAAGAUUUGGCCCGUUUCUGGAUACGAUGAUAAGGAUGCAGCUAAAGAUACAAAGGAAGACAAAGAAAUCGUCGUCAUCUUGUUAGGCUGGGCCGGUUCGAAGCAUAAGAAUCUUAGCAAAUACUCGGACAUUUACUUGAAACGAGGAUGUAUAGUUCUCAGAUACAUUACGCCAGUAAAGGCUCUCUUUGUCCAAACGGGAAAAUUACCAGUAUUAUCCAAUCGACUAAUCCAUCUCAUCAGCGAUCUUCAGCUUGAGUCUCACCCAAUAUUUUUUCACGUAUUCUCCAACGGUGGAUCCUUCACGUACGCGAGCAUUCUCCGAGAACUAUACAAAAUGCAGGACAAGUUAUGUCUGGACAUUCGAGGAACGAUUUUCGACUCUGCACCAACCCCGAGAAAUCUGGGAAAAUGCUUCGGUGCAGUGUCAAACAUCUUUGAAAAUUUUGGAGUGGUACGUUUCCUGAUAGCAUCCAUCGCCGUAUUACUCAUUGUCAUCCAAGUUUUUUGGAUGCAUUUCAAAUCAGCGAUUCAACUCUGUCUUUGGGGAGAACAGUUGAGCUCUCUUGAUCCAGUCAAGUAUCACAUUGAAGAGAUUCCUUUGAGAAACUGGCUUGGACGCCUCGGAAAAAUGCGGAACCAUCACUACCUCUUCCUCUACUCGGACAAUGAUGAUCUCAUACCGUGGACGCUAGUGGAGGAAUUCGCAGACAUUGCCGCCACGCAAGGGAAUUAUGUCGUAAAGAGGAAAUUCGCUGGGUCUGUGCAUGUGCAACACUAUAGGAAAUAUCCAAAGGAGUACGUCGAAUCUGUCACAGACUUUAUUCGCUACACGAUGAAAACCACCAAUAAGCCGACUAUUCUAUGGGAUGGAAUCUAAUCAAAUGUUCAUCAGGAAUGCGAAUUACAACAGAAUUACCAUUAUUUACGUAGAAUUAAUCACUGAUACCUGUGCUAUGUACACGUGAUAUACCAAUAUUCACCAAAAAUCUCUAAUCUCCAUUUCAUUUCAGAAAAAUAUUUUAUUUAUUUUGUUAGUUUACAAUCAACCACAGAAAGCUAUGCAGGGACGUCCAGAGUAUUAACUGUUUAUGUUGCUGUCAAAGAGUCAGGAAUACUAAAUUGGUGUUCAUUCAAUUGUUCAAUGAAUCAAAAUAAAUUUUUAGUUACUGAGA